AUGUCCCACGAGCUCGCCAAGAAGGUUGCCUUCAUCACGGGUGCCGGUGCUGGUCUCGGCCGCGGAAUCUCCGAGCUGUGCUUUGAGCGCGGCUGCAGCGUGUUUUUGGCAGACGUGAACGGCGCCUCGGUGGAGGAGCUGGCCGCCAUGCUGAACGCCGGCAAUCACGCCGUGGAGGGACAGCGCGCGGUGGCGGCGGCGCUGGACGUGUCGAACGAACAGCAGUGGCCGACUGUGGUGGACGCGUGCAAGAGCGCCUUUGGCCGCAUCGAUGUGCUGGUGUGCAACGCCGGCAUCAUGAUCACAUCAGACUUGGAGAGAACGACGCUGGACAACUGGAACAAGACGAUGAACGUCAACGCUCUUGGUGUGUUCCUUGGCAACCACGCCGUGGCCCCGCUGAUGAAGGCGCAGGGCGGUGGCAGCAUUGUCUGCACUGCCUUGAUGUGCGCCGUACGUGGUUGUUCUCAGAUCGCUGUCUACUGUGCGAGCAAGGGUGCGGUGCGGAUGCUGUGCAAGUCGCUCGCGAUGGAGUUGAUCCCCUUCAACAUUCGCGUAAACACGGUGAGCCCCGGGACAAGCGACACCGCCAUGAACGAACGCUUGGCGGAUUUAACGCACCAGACGCCGGAGAUGGUCGGUGAGGCCUCUCCCAUUGGACGUCUCGCCCAGCCACGUGAGAUUGCGGAGGCCGUCGUCUUUCUCGCGUCAGACCGCGCCUCGUACAUGGUGGGUGCAGACGUGGCCGUGGACGGCGCAAUUACGUGCGGCCUGACCGGCAGCUCUCCAGUUUGA